AUGGAAAUACUUGGAAAGCAGAGAGUUCUCGCGAUGAUGCGACUCAACGGUGCCGGACAGCUAACCGGGUACCCAUUCGAGACUCCAUCUUCCUCCACAUCAUCCACUCCAAUCCAUCCACCAGCUACUCCCGCCACAAUGUCAUCAACCCUGCUAGCAUCUUCAUAUAUGAAAAUGUCACCUCCGUCAUCUGCCACGUCAUCAAUCACGUCUUCCUAUAUGAAGGCGUCCCCUCCAUCUACAGUAUCCUCACCUCCAUCCACAUCGACAUCCACGUCGUCAGCUGCUUUCAUAGAGAAGAAAGAAUGCGCGGUGUGUAAGAACCCGAAUUCCAGUGGAUACCAUUUUGGGUGCAUUGCUUGUGCCGCGUGCUCCGCAUUCUUCAGGCGUACUGUAGUGUUGUCAAGACGGUAUUACUGUAGAAGAGACCCGAUCGGCAACUCGUUGUGUCCAUUGGAUAGAAGACACCGAUCGAAUUGUCGAGCAUGUCGUUAUGUGAGAUGUAUCGAAAUGGGGAUGAAUCCGAGUAGCGUUCAAAAUCUUCGUGAUUCCAUCAAACCCCGUUCUCCAAACUCAGAAUCAACAGUUCCAGAAGAAGAAGAAGAUAAGAAAGAUGAUAUUUUGUUCUCAGCUGCCACACCUGGUAGUUGGAUUUCCAGUACAAGUACUUGUAAUGAGAAUCCACCACUUCCAGUGGCGCCAAAAGAAACAUCUGGUGAGAAUUGGCUUGAAAUCCUACUCUCUGUAUAUGAAACCUCAAUAACUCGUCGUCGAAUGUUCUAUUGUAAUGGAUCACUUCGAGAAAUGAUUGGAGGAACUGGCUUAAAAAUGCGACCGACGAGAUUCGACGAGAGAUAUUACAAAGAGAAGAUGCGAUUCGAAUUGAUACUUUAUGUGGAAAUGAUGAAUUCGAUGAGUGUUUUCAAGCAGUUUGAUUUGGAUACGAAGGAAGCAUUGAUCAAAGGAUGUGCUGUUUCGUUGGCUAUGCUUGAGAAAUAUUAUAUUUCUGUGAAAUAUGAUGGAUUGAAGACACAAAAACUAAUCGCCCCGGACGGUUCUUAUACCGACCUCGCUGAUGAAGGUGCCCAAUUCGAAGAGGAAUUCAACAAAAUCGCUGGAGACACUGUCAUGGACAAAGAUCAAUGCCUGAAACUACUGUACAACCCAUUGAAAACGUGUCUGAAUGAACUUGGAACCGCACUCGAACAUUCGAAAAUGACAGACACCGAGUUUUGUGCUCUCUUUGCAAUAUUGUUAUUCAAUACUGCUGCUGAUAACAUCACUGAUGCCACUCGGAAUUUGGUCAUGAUGGCCAGAAAUCGGGUGAUGAAAGACUGGUUUGAGUUUUAUGCAAAACAGGGCAAAACUUCGGAAGAGUUCAAAAAUUCACAUAUCUUUAAAGACAGCCGAGAUACGGUGCUCCAAACUCUUGCUAUCGGGUGCGCCUCUGUUACGGGUUUCACGGCUGGUCUUCUCGUCGGAAACACCCUUCUCCUGCUCACUGCCGUCCGGAAUGCAAUGGCUGUUCAUCGCGAAAACUUCCAUGUGAUUCGAGUGUUCAACGUGAUGGAAUACGAUAAAUUGAUUGAUGAUCUCGCUUUUACUUAA